AUGACGCUCGCAACGAAACGCCUUCCCAUCGCCCUCCUCUCUCCCGUCGCCUUUCCUCUCUCCCCUCUCCUUUCCUCUCUCCCAUCGCCCUCCUCUCUCCCGCCGCCCUUCCUCUCUCCCGUCGCCUUCCUUUGUCCCGUCGCCUUUCCUCUCUCCCGUCGCCUUUCCUCUCUCUCGUCGCCUUCCUCUCUCUUAUCGCCUUUCCUCUCUCUCGUCGCCUUCCCUCUCUCGUUGCCCUUCCUCUCUCCCAUUGCCAGUCCUCACCCCCCUCGCCCUUCUUCUUCCGCAACCCGCCGCCCUCGCCCCGUCCAAUCGCACGUACCAUCGCAUGUCCCGUCGAUCCCUCUUCAGGUCCUUGUUCCCGUUCCCUCACUCUCUCCCCCCCCUUCCCGUCGCCCUCACUCCCUCCCCUCCCUUGCCGUCGCCCUCGCUCUCUCCCCUCCCUUCCCGUCGCCCUCGCUCUCUCCCCUCCCUUGCCGUCGCCCUCGUUCUCUCCCCUCCCUUCCCGCAUGA